AUGUACAGUGACAACGCCACAACGUUCACCGGAACGUCCAAGGUCCUCAACAAACUCUACAAUCAGCAGACCGGAGAAAAUCAAGCCCCCCGUUUCGGUGGAAAAUGGGAGGCGGCCUUUAAAUCGACGAUACAUCACCUGAAGAGAGUGCUCGGGCCAUCGACAUACACCUACGAGGAACUCAAUAGCGUCCCAAUAGCGAACUCCAGGCCAAUCACUCCAAUGUCGGUUGACCCAGAGGACCUACAAGCGCUCACCCCAGGACACUUUCUGAUCGGUGAGCCUCUGCAACUAGUUCCAAGGACAUCACUAGUCAACGAGACUGCUAUCAAGCUGCAGAGAUGA